AUGGCAAAUUCAAAAAACACUGAUCGAAAGGAACAAGAAUACUUACAUUGUUCUUGGAUGAGUCUUCAGCAUGAAGAACUCACCGAACUCGAACAUGCUGUAGCUCAGGCCAAAAACGGCCUAAAAGAUGAACACAAACUCAGACAACUCAUCCAAAAAACUGUAAACCACUUCCAAGACUACACUAACAACCGUACCCUCCUAGCCCGAAAUGACGUGUCACCAUUCUUCGCACCCGCCACGUGUACCACAUUGGAGAACUCGGUCCUAUGGAUCGCUGGCUGCAGACCCUCUUCAUUCAUCCGUUUUACAUACGCCCUGAGCGGUAUGGAUGUUGAAUCCCAUAUUAGUGACUUCCUUGAGGGGAAAAGAAUCGGUGGUGACCUUGGCGAGCUAACGGGGAAACAAAUGAGCAUGAUUGACGAGUUGCAUGGCAAGACGAUUCGAGAAGAGAGGAAGCUAUCGACAAAAUUGGCUAGCUUGCAAGAGGACAUAGUUGACCAGCCGCUAGCGGGAAAGAUGAAGAAAAAGGGAGGUGGUGAUAAUGAUGAUGAGUAUGAGAAUGCAGAUGAAGCUUUAGAAGAACACAGUCAGUUAAUGGCGGGUGUAAUGGAAGAAGCUGAUGAGCUGAGGAUGAAGACGUUGAAGGAAAUAGUGAACAUACUUGAACCGGUUCAGGCGGUGGAAUACUUAGCUGCAGCUAAGAGGAUUAGGUUUUGUGUGCAACAGUGGGGCAAGAAGAGGGAUCACGAGCAUACCGAUUAAUAACUUCUGCUAGAAUUUUGGAUAAUGUUCCUGGUUUGAUGAGGUUUUUGUUUUGCACGUAAUAGUCUGCUUUGUUUCUUUAUGUCAGUAAUAGGUCCAAGUCGUUAGCUUUUGACCGGAAAUAAGCCGUUAC